AUGCCUACCGACGAACCUGCUGUUCGCAUGCCAGCCUAUAUGUCGCCUGUGGACCAGCUACGUACCUCGCCGUCACCGUUGCAGUCGUUCGACCAUGACGAGCACGAGGCCCGGGUGAUGCAGCAGCUGUACGAGGCCCGGAAGCGACUCGAGUCGGCGAACCACGACGCUGACGCGGAGCAUGUGUGGUUGGCUCCCUCGUCUGCGAUCUUAUCGCGCCCGCCUAGUGCGUCGCCACGUCCCUUAUCGCCUACGACCUCGGGCGCCACGCCACAGCGGACGCAAAUGCGGCGCCCGCACAGCCUCACGCUCGACUUGAAAGACGUGCCGUUCACGGCCCUCGUCGACGCAGAGCGUCGUCGCCUGAGUGAGACGGUGCCAACGGGCUCCUCGGACCCAGACGCGCCUCCUGCGACGCGGCCUGUGCCGCCCGACAACUCGGGCUCUCACUACGGCAUGGCCCCUUAUAUGCAUCUCGAGCGUGAUGAGUGGGUAUGGCAGUACGAUGUGCGGCAGGCUCCGAUGCAAGUGCGGCCUUCUCACGAUACCCCAGCGACGCCUUCGAAAGUCACGCACGUCCAGGAAGAGUGGGCGUGGGCCGUAGCCGGUCCGGCGCCCGUGACGAUGUCCUAG